AUGGCCAUAGUUGACCUCAGAAGGUGGUUCAAACUCUGGUAUGCUUUUGUGGUGCCUUUGCUGCACAUGAGUCCUUUCAUAAAUGGAUGCAUAGAGAGGGAAAGACAAGCCCUCCUUGCAUUCAAACAAGGCCUCGUCGUGGAUACCAGCAGUCAAAUAGUCUCUACAUGGGGCACCUCAGAAGGCCAAAACAAAGAUUGUUGCACGUGGAAAGGAGUCUACUGCAGCAACCAAACUGGCCAGGUUGUUGAACUUCAGCUUGGAUCCCAAUCUUUGCAAGGUUCGGCUAUGGAUGUUUGGGGCAACAUGAGCUCUCUUCAAGUCCUUAAUCUCACUGAUAACCAACUUGAAGGAGACAUAACAAAUUCGUUUUCGGAGCUAUGCAGUUUGAGAUCGUUAGGACUUUCAAACAAUAAUCUUAGUGGAGAAUUUCCCAAGUUUGUUCAGAUAUUGUCUAAAUGUUCUCAAAAGCAACUAGAAGGUUUGUAUCUCUCUAACAACCGAUUAAGCGGAGAAAUACCAGAAAUCAUUGGGCAAAUAUCAUCGUUGACAGAAUUAUCUCUCUAUGGAAAUCAAUUAAGCGGAAGAAUACCUGCAAGUAUUGGGCAAAUGCAAUCAUUGACAGGAUUAUCUCUCUCCGGAAAUCGAUUAAGCGGGAGAAUACCUGAAAGUAUUGGACAAAUGUCCAAUCUGGUGAAUAUCAAUCUUGGCCCUCCGAUGCCUAAGUUAGGUAAGGUAUUUCAAGGAAAACCGGGUGGCCGGAGCCGUGUGUGGUGGCCGGAGCCUUGUGUAAGGGAGAGAAAGAAAGUGGUGGCUAGGGUUUGUGAGAAAUGA